AUGUUGAAGGCUCAAGAGAUUAAUUGGUCUAAAUACCGUAUUGAUGUCGAGGAUGUGAUGACAUUAUCAUCGCUUGCCCUUAAAAUCUUUCGUCAGAAUUAUUUUGAUGAUGAGACCUUUCAUAUCAAUAUACCUACAAGAAACCAAGACACUUUUAUUAGGCGUGGCUAUUAUGGGGGUCAUGUUGAUGUCUAUAAGCCCUAUGGUGAGAAUCUUUACUGUUAUGAUGUGAACUCAUUAUAUCCUUAUAUUAUGAAAUCCUAUCCUAUGCCUUGUGGUAUACCAGUCUGGAAGAAUAAUUUGGAGCGCGUUGGAUUGGAUAGCUUGUUUGGCUUUAUUGAGGCCUAUGUUGUAUGUCCUACUAAUAUAUCACGUCCAUUCUUGCCCUAUAAGGAUCAAUCUGGUACUUUACUCUUUCCUACAGGUAAAUUCAUUGGAGUCUUUUAUAGCGAAGAGUUGAAGUUUGCACGCGAUUUAGGUUACCAUGUAAUUCCUCUUAGGGGUUAUUUGUUUGAGAAGAAGUCAAGUCCUUUCGAAGGCUUCAUCUCAAACCUUUAUGAAAGCAGACUAGAAGCCAAGAAAGCUGGUGAUGAAGCUAUGACAUAUAUUUAUAAGAUUCUAAUGAACUCCCUAUAUGGUAGAUUUGGUAUGAAUCCUGAAAGUACAGUAACAGAGAUCUGCAAUCAAAAGAAAUAUGAAGAAUUGAUGAAGAUGGAUAAUUUUCAAUCUGCAGAGAAGCUUACCGAUCAUUACUAUAUUGUCAAUUACAUUAGCAAUAGUAGCUUUGCUGACGACGAUGACUGGAAAUCUCCUAAGAUGUCGGCUGUUCAAUUGGCUGCUGCUAUCACUGCAUGUGCUCGUAUUCAUAUGUACCCAUACAUUUCCAGACCUGACUGUUACUAUACUGAUACUGACUCAAUAGUUCUAGGAAGUCCUCUUCCUGACGAUUUUAUCUCUUCCAUUGAAUUGGGUAAGUUUAAACUCGAAUACCAUGUCAAGAGAGGAAUCUUCUUAGCACCUAAAAGUUAUAUGUUAGACAUAGAAGAUGAUAGACAAAUUAUAAAACACAAAGGUCCAGCUAAAGAUUUUGUCACAUCUGAAUGGUUUCAAAAGCAAUUAGCAGAUCUAUCUCUAACGGGUCAGUUCCCCACUUUAGCUAAUUUCAGAAUAGAUUGGAAAAAACUCCAGAUUGGAAAAAAAGAUAUGCUCCUAAAACUAGGACUACCACAGAGUAAUAAAAGAGAGAAUGUCUAUGAUUCAAAUAAUGUCUGGAUAGACACACGACCUAUAGAUGUAAUAGACAUAAGAAGUCAAGAUGCUAAUACUAUUUUAAAAUAUGAACUAUUGAAGAAAAAUGAAGAAUCAGUCAGUCAGUCCACUACUGAAGGUCAAAAGACCACUACUCUUCAACCCACUCUCUACAAAACCAAGGAUGAGGCUAAGAAGGCUAAGAAGGACAAUGACAAUAGCUCACCCUAUAGACCAAAACCAGAUGAAUAA